UGAAAUAAAAACCAAUUAAAUUAAUAAAAAGGGCACGGAAUCAGAGGAUAUGUACUACUCUUCCCUUCUAUAAGAAGCCCCCACAUACAACGAUCGGAGCUCCUCGAAUCCCCAUCCCCCCUUUUAGACCAAAGAAACCAAAAGAGAUUCACAACACAAAGAAUAUACAGGGAAUGGAUCCCGUGGAGAGGUUGAAAUCUGGGUUCGAGCACUUCAAGAAGGAGAUCUAUGAGAAGAAGCCCGAGUUGUUCCGCGAAUUAGCCGAAGGGCAGAGCCCACAGUUCUUGGUGUUCGCAUGCUCAGACUCACGUGUAUGCCCCUCCGUGGUGCUCAACUUUCAGCCUGGUGAAGCUUUCGCUGUGCGAAACAUAGCAAACAUGGUCCCGCCCUAUGAUAAGACCAAAUACUCAGGCGCUGGGGCGGCCAUUGAAUAUGCUGUCCUCCACCUUGACGUGAAAAAUAUCGUGGUGAUCGGUCACAGCCGUUGCGGCGGUAUCAAAGGGCUCAUGUCGAUCACCGACGAUGGAACUACCUGCAGUCACUUCAUAGAAGAUUGGGUUAAGAUCUGCUCGCUCGCCAAAGAGAAAGUGAAGGCCGCCCACGGUGAAUUGCCUUUCCAGGAUCAGUGCACCCAUUGCGAAAAGGAGGCCGUGAAUGUGUCCCUUGAGAACCUGAAGACAUAUCCCUUCGUCAAAGAAAGACUAGAGGACAACAAAUUGAAGCUAAUUGGUGCGCACUAUGAUUUCGUCAGCUGCAACUUUGAAACCUGGGAGAUAUAAAUGAGUGUGAAGUACACUUGUAUCUUUGAGUAUGGAAAGGUUAAUUAUGCAAUAAUUCUAAGUUUCUUGUCGAGGUUCGUAUAAUGCAUAAUUUGUAUCUUUUGUGAUACAAAACAACACAUGACCUUAAUUUGUGAACAGCUACUUUUUGAUGAACUUGGUCGCUAAUAAAAUUUUUAAAUUUGCCACCUUGUGCUUGGUA